CAUGGGUCAAGCAGCCACAUUACCAAGCAGGAAUGGAGGGACCUACGUCAUGGAGCUUUAUGAAUGGUAUAGAAAAUUCAUCAACGAGUGCCCUAGUGGGCUGAUCACACUCCAUGAAUUCCGCAGACACUUUUGCAAUGGAACCGUGGGCCACGAUUCCUCGGAAUACGCUGAGCAGAUAUUCCGGACGCUGGACAAUAAUGGGUUUGUUCUGUCACAGGACGGGAUUGUCGAUUUCCGAGAGUAUGUCACGGCCAUAAGCAUGCUGAUCACAGGCUCCCCGGAGGAGAAGCUGAGGUGGUCUUUCAAGCUGUAUGACAAAGACAAGGACGGGGCCAUUACUCGAUCAGAAAUGCUGGAAAUCAUGAAGGCUGUGUAUAAGAUGAGUUUAGCAGCCUCUCUGACUAAAGCAAACCCUCUGACCGCAGAAGAGUGCACCAGCAGAAUCUUUGUGAGACUGGACAAAGACAGAAAUGCCGUUAUCAGCCUUGAAGAGUUCAUCGAAGGAGCAUUAGACGACGAAUGGAUACGAGAAAUGUUGGAGUGUGACCCCAACACCGUCAAAGUGGAAAGACCUCUGAAAACCCAGCCUCCUGUCUAACUCUCUUCCUCUCUGCCACAUCACUUGACAUCACAAAGAAGCCCUCUUACCUUUCAAACAGCAGGAAGACACAUAGCUCCUUGGCAACAGGCUAUUUCUGUGCAUUAGUCAGUGUGGUUUGCAAAUUUUAAAGAGACACUGUCAUUAUAGUUCUGUUAAAACAUUAUUAGUCUUCAAAAAGGGUCCACUGUGAUGCUAAGGCAUGUGGCUACUUAGGAUACAUUUUCCUUUCAUUUGACAGAAGGUCAAGGUGUUCUUGCUCUGCUUUGGUCCUGUGUCACCCUGAUCUCUAGUUUGUUUGGCACUGAUCAAAGACUGCACACUCAUUGCAUUACAUGAAUUGUCCAACAAAAUGACUUUUUACUUUCCAUUUCUGUUCUGUCUAAUGCAGGGCUGGCAGAUUGGAUCUUGGCACAGCUGUACACAAAUAAAUUGGAAAGAUGUGAUCUUGAUGAAAUCUGCCCCUUUUUUUGGUAUUGUUAAAGACAAUACUGUAUAUCCUGCAGAAAUUAAACUCUGCUACCAAAAUGGAUAGUGUGCAAACCAAUGUACCUCAGAUUUCAACUGUUGUGCUCGUGAACUCAAAUAGCUGUACCUGAACACCCUGUCAAAUUUUCAAAAUAGGCAAAAUUACAGGUUGUUUUUCAAAACUUAUCUUUAUCUGUGUGAAUUACAGAGGAAGGUCUGAUGCAAGUGUAAAUCUAAAAUAUAUUUUACAAAAAGGGUCGAGUCCUUAGCUAAAACUCUUUAUGAGAGAAGAACUUCCAAUUUUAUAUAGGAUUAAACAAAUGAAGAGGACAAGACUUCUCUGAAAAGAAGGAAGGUUCAUGCCAGGCUCUUGUGAAGAAUACCCAGGCAAUUUUGUCAGUCGCAAAGCUCCUUUCAUCCAGAUAAACAUGAUGAGCUGAACAGUCUGAUCUGAAGCUCAGAGAGAGUUUCGUGAUUACGGUGAUGAGUGCAUAGAGUUAAGUAAAUUGUCAAUAUUCCUAUGGUUUUAUGAUCAAAUGUACAAAGUUGAUAAAUGUGUUAGUUUCCUUCUUCUCCAUGUUUGAACAGCUAAGACAACAGUCAACAUUACAAUAAAGAUAAGAAAG